AUGGAUUUCCAUCUCGUCCCUCGAGGAACAGACAGGAAUUACACAGGUUUCUUGACAAAAACCAUCGUCUACGCCAGCACCUUGCUUUUAUUUCUUGCUGCAUUCGGCCUGACGAUCUCAUCCAUCGUGGUCCCGAAAUGGGUCAGCUAUCAUAGCGAAAAGUUCCACUACUCCUACGGCCUCCACCGUCGCUGCUCCUCCCUCACCAACGUCUGCGAGAGUUUCCCCCAGCGCGAAGACUGCCAUGGCGAAGACCGGUACUUUUGCUCCAUGUGGCGGACCGUCGGGUUCCUGAUGUCGUUUGCUGUGGUGCUGGAGGGGAUGAGCGUGGUUGCGUAUCUGAUUGUGCUGUCGGGCGGGAAACGGCUGCGCGAGUCGGGGUGGAAGGUGCUGAGUCUGCUGAUUAUCCUGUCUGCGCUUGUGCAGGCGGCGAGUAUGUCGAUUGUCGCAUACUUGUAUGACAAUGAGGACCGCUUCUUUGUCGGCUGGCGGCUGGGCGAGUCCUGGAUUUAUUGCACCGUCAGCUGGUGCGUGAGUCUUUUCUGUGCGGUGGCCAUGAUACUUGCGGCGAAUAGUCUUCCGUCGGAGGGGGGAUAUGAGUUGAUUCCGGAUCAUUCUUAA